AGGGAGGUAGAGCUAUGGUCGGGGCGGGCGGUUGCUGCCCGCUUCUUGCCUCCGCCCUCGGGGAGGGGGAGGCCGGUGCCGGGGCGAGCAGCGGGUGAUGGGGAAGAGGCGAGCGCAGCGCUGAGGUCCUGCGGGGCCGGAUGAGCGGAGGCUUGGCGUCGCGGCGGUGGCGGGGCUGGAGGAGGGGGCGAAGGAGGCAGUAGGGGCGGCCUCCACUCCGGCUGCCCUGAGGGGAAGGAGCCCCCGACCAUGGAAAUCGAGAACAUCGUGGCCAACACGGUGCUGCUGAAAGCCCGGGAGGGCAAACGGAGUGGGCGUAGUAAAAAAUGGAAAGAGAUGCUGAAGUUGCCGCCUGUUAGUCAUUGUGAAGGUAUUAGAUGCUCAAUUGAAAGAGACUAUAACCAGCUUUGUGACAAACAGCCAAUAGGAAGACUUCUCUUCAGACAGUUCUGUGAUUCCAGACCAGAUUUGAAAAGAUGCAUUGAAUUUCUGGAUGCAGUGGCAGAAUAUGAGGUAUCUUCAGAUGAAAAGCGUAUAGACUGUGGCCUGAAAGUUUUAGAGACGUACUUCACUAAUGGGUCUGCAGCACACUUGCCAGAAAUACCUCAGGAAACAGUAAAUGAAUGUAAAGCAAGACUGGAAAAGAACCCUUCUAAGGAUCUUUUUAUGGACUGUACUAGAAUUGUCCAUGAAUACCUAAGCAGAAGACCUUUUGAAGCUUACCAAGAAAGUGUGUUUUUUUCACGGUUUUUACAGUGGAAAUGGCUGGAAAAGCAACCAGUAACCAAACACACAUUUAGGCAUUACCGAGUACUAGGCAAAGGUGGAUUUGGAGAGGUGUGUGCCUGUCAAGUACGGGCAACGGGAAAAAUGUACGCUUGUAAAAAGCUAGAAAAAAAGAGAAUAAAGAAGAGAAAAGGAGAAUCAAUGGCUCUAAAUGAAAAAAGAAUUCUAGAAAAAGUGAAUAGUAGGUUUGUAGUUAGUUUAUCCUAUACAUAUGAGACGAAAGAUGCCCUGUGUUUAGUAUUAACCAUAAUGAAUGGAGGGGAUUUGAAGUUUCACAUAUAUAACAUGGGAAAUCCUGGCUUUGAUGAAGAAAGGGCUAUUUUCUAUGCUGCAGAACUGUGCUGUGGUCUGGAGGAUUUGCAGAAGGAGAGAAUUGUUUACAGAGACUUGAAGCCUGAGAAUAUACUCCUUGAUGACUGUGGACACAUAAGAAUUUCAGAUCUUGGAUUAGCUGUUCAGAUUCCAGAAGGAGAAACAGUCCGGGGACGGGUUGGAACUGUUGGUUACAUGGCUCCAGAAGUGCUCAAAAAUGAAAAGUACACAUUCAGCCCGGAUUGGUGGGGUCUUGGAUGCUUGAUUUAUGAAAUGAUUGAAGGACAGUCUCCAUUCAGGAAGCAUAAGGAAAGGGUCAAACGGGAUGAGAUUGACCGGAGAGUAAAGGAAGACCAGGAAACGUAUUCAGACAAGUUCUCAGAGGAGGCAAAAUCUAUCUGCAGGAUGUUACUUGCUAAAAAUCCAGGGGAACGACUGGGUUGCACUGAAGAUGGAGCUGCUAUUGUAAAGCAACAUCCUAUUUUCAAGAAUAUUAACUUCAAGAGGCUGGAAGCUAACAUGUUAGAACCUCCGUUCUUGCCAGAUCCACGUGCCGUAUAUUGUAAAGAUGUCCUAGACAUAGAGCAGUUCUCAACAGUAAAAGGAGUGAAUCUGGAUACUACGGAUGAUGACUUCUAUUCCAAAUUUGUUACGGGUUGUGUCUCAAUCCCUUGGCAAAACGAGAUGAUUGAAACAGGAUGCUUUGAAGAUAUCAAUGCAUAUGAAACUGAUGGUACUGUGUCACCAGACAGAGAGAGGUCUCCUAAACCAAAAAGAGGCUUCUUUCACAGACUUUUUAGUGGAGAGGUCUGCUUUAAAUCUGAUUGCAGUGAUGAUGAGCAGGAAUCCUCCAGACUUUAAAUCAUUUUACACUCAUCGAAAGGGAUGAGCAAACUUUAAAUGUUUUAUAUCUCUGUAGCAAAGUGUAUUAUAUAUAUUUUUUAUCUGAGUUCGAGGAUUUUUGUACAUUUGUACUUCAUUUGUUUUAAGAUGUAUAUUUUCACUAAAGCUUAAUUGUACAAAAUGCAAUGAGUGCCAUUUGAGUGAGUGUGUUUCUGUACGUAUUUGAUUUCUCUUGAUUUUUCUUUUUUUCUAGUGGAAAGAAUCUAGAAAUACUAAAAGGAUUUUAAAGGACAGAGAUAAUAUCUAUGGCAUCAAUGUAACCUGACUUUGUAUGUUCCUGGUAAAAUUCUUCUUGUUUGUUAGGAUCUUUAUUAGCAAUUUUCUUAACAGUAAAAUUGCUGUACUGGUAAAAUUCAUAAUUCCAGUAUUAUCUGGCAGCAUGGCAGUGCAAUUACCUAAUGUAUCUCUCAAGCAACUGCUAAGGAAAAAAAGGAAUUCAGUGCACUGUGGCCAGCUAUUAUGAAUUGCUCUUUACUAUCUGGCUCCGUAGAAUGUCUUUCUGUAUUUCUAUAUAUAGAGAAUUCUGAACAUUUAGCUUAAUCCUGUAACAAACUAUAUUACCCCAUUCUUCUCUUUUCUACCUAUCUUACACAUCCUCUCCAUACAGUCUCUUGGCAUGAACCAUGCAAAUAGACCUAUGCCAAAAUUUUAUAACUGUAUUUUGAAUACUUUUUUGUCUUUACUAAAAGAAUUUCUUUUUACUUGUGAGGACACAUUUUUAUUUUUUUCUGUAAAUGAAAUUGUUUACAACUACAUGUAGGAUGUUACCAUUUUAUAAUGGGUUAAAAACCAAAGCAUGGGCUCUUCUUGCUAACCUUCUCUCUGCUUAUUAUGUUGUAAUACACAGUGUUGUAGGGUUGACAGCAAUCACUGCCACUGAGGGAAGGACAAGGUAGCAUUAAGUAUCAGAUUUAAUUAUCUGAAUACUCUUCCCUUAUAACCUUUAAAAACUCAAAACAUUAAAACCUGCCUUUAAAGAUUGCUUAACACAGAUGUGGAGCUGUAUUGAAGUUUUAGUUAUGAUUACCUGAUGUUCAUUAGUAAAACAGUUUCCAGCUGCUUGAAA